AUGCCCCGACCCGACAGAAGAGCAAAAUAUGGGAGGAGAGCGCAAAAUAAAAUAACAACGGGGGGUGGCGGUGCAAAGAGAAAGUCGAAACCCAUAGCGCCACACGUUGAAAAAGAUGGUAUUGACAUUAAUGCACUGUUGGAGGAAAUCGAGCGUAACGACUCGCCGGCCGAGGAGAAGGUGCCCAAAGAGACCACGAAAAAAUCGCGGAGGAGGCGCAAAGCCGAAAAAGUAGAAGGUCUUGCGGUAAAACCCGGAACCACAGUCGCGCAAGCCCGAAUGCUAGCAAGUAAAAUGCAGCAAAGGCACUCCGCUUCCACGAAUGGGCCCAGUCAGCCUGCCCAUCAGAGAUCAGAAGAGGACGAAGAUGAGGACGACGAUGAUGAGGAACAGGACGGUAGCGGUGAGGACUACAGCGAUAUAGCAAAUGAGCGACCGAGUGAAUAUCGUAAGGGAGGCUACCACCCAGUCGUGGUGGGCGAAGUUUACAAUCAACGCUAUCGAGUUGUGCGUAAACUCGGAUGGGGUUACUUCUCCACUGUGUGGCUCGUUUGGGAUUAUGUGGAGAAAGUGUUUCAAGCUAUGAAGGUGCAGAAGUCGGCCAAGCACUACACAGAAGCGGCGUAUGACGAGAUCAAACUACUCGGAGAGAUCAUGACUGCAGAUCCAGAAAAAGUCCGUCGGUGUGCGCGGUUAAAUGAUCACUUUGAGCAGCAGGGGCCGAACGGAAAGCACGUUUGCAUGGUGUUCGACGUCUAUGGGGAGGAUCUACUUUCAUUGAUCGAACGCUAUAAGUACCAUGGUGUCCCGCUGCCGAUAGUUAAGUGUAUUUCCAGACAAAUCCUCAUAGGGUUGGAACAUGUGCAUUCUUUGGAUAUCAUUCAUACGGAUCUAAAACCAGAGAACGUGCUACUCUCGGCACCAAAACACGCCAUCGUAUCCCAAAUGAAACGUUUUAAGCCUCCUCCGCUCCACGACCGACCGUCUUUGGUGAAACGCGACCCCAAAACAAUGACCAAGUCUCAACGCCGUCGCUACUACAAAAAACUUCGCGCUGCGGGAAAGGGUAAGGACAGUGCCGAGGGGAAUGAAGAGCAGAAUGAUGAUGAGGACAUUGCAAGGGAGGUCCACGUCGACCCUAACGAGGCUGCACCGCAACAAAGUGAGAAAGAACCGUUGAGCGAAACGGAUUCUGAGUGGGAAGUUGAACGCCUUCAUCAUGUAGUGCUGGCGGAUUUUGGUAAUAGCUGCUGGACGUACAGACAGUUUACGGAUGAAGUUCAAACUCGUCAAUACCGUUCCCCAGAAGUCAUAUUGGGUUAUCCUUACUCCACCUCAAUUGAUUUGUGGUCUGCCGCCUGUAUGAUCUUCGAGCUGAUCACGGGUGAGUUUCUGUUUGACCCACGAAAGGGAUCUGACUAUUCCCGUGAUGAAGAUCAUUUAGCUUUGAUCUCUGAGUUACUUGGAGUACUACCGGUAAGUAUGCGGCUAGGUGAUGGGAAGUACCGCGCUCAGUACUACAACUCACGGGGUGAACUUCGUAGCAUAAAGGAUCUUAAUUUCUGGGGCUUGGAGGAUGUUCUCUACCGAAAACACAAGUUCACACGCAAAAAAGCGAAAGAAAUAGCGGAGUUCCUUUUACCAAUGCUCGAAUUGGAACCUCAUAAUCGAGCAACAGCCACCGAUAUGCUUAAUAAUUUUCAGCACUUUUUUGAGGUACAAGAGGAUGAUUACGCACCACUUUGCUUCGUACCUUCUUCGGAUGAUCACCGUGGUGGGGAGCGGAGCUCAGGAAAUAUGGAGGAGUCAGAGUUCAGCGAUACCUUUGAAGAAACCGAUGACUACGAUCGCUCCCGAAGACUCGACAGAACGUAUGAUGCAAUGGAAGAUUCUCUGAGCAGGCAGGACGAGGAGACUGCACGGUAUUUGGCUGGUCAUUCCCUGCUCAACGAGGCAUCCUUGGCAAAACGUGGGUUAACAAUUUUAGAUAUUCAAGCCGUUCUAUCCGGGCAACAACUGGAGGAUGAGGAAAGGCAAGCUGCUGCCACUGAAAUUAUUCGUCUUCUCUCAGAGGAAGCGGAUGACAGCAGCGAUGGACACUGCGCAGACAGGGAAGACGGGGAUUCAAACUCAUCUGUAGAUGAAUCUGACAGCAGCUGCACUAAUGACUAA